AUGCGCAGAGUCAUCUCCUGGAUGGAAGAACACGGGUUGUCCUUAGCAGUUCAGAAGAUUGAGAUCGUGCUACAUACAAAGAAGAGCAUCAAAACCUUCCGCAGCUUCGCUAUAGGAGUAGCAACGGUCCAAACGAAGUCGGCCGACAAGUAUUUAGGAAUUAUGCUUGAUAGCAAACUAAAUUACGGAGAGCAUAUAAUUAGAGCAGCCGACAAGGCGGCAAAGGUAGUAGCCUCGCUUGGCACACUCAUGGCCAAUGUCAACGGACCUCGACCGUGCAUGAGCCGUCUACUGAUGCGCGCAGCCGAAGCAGUGAUGCUGUAUAGCGCGAAUGCUAGUGGUCGCGGUGGUAAUCCCGAUCAAUCUACUAGCUCAGAAAAGACACCAGCACAUUCGUCCUCCAGCAGAAGCCCGUUCUGGGAAAGGAGGAGGCAUCAAAGCUCGCCAAGUCUAGCAGCAUCGAGGCCUGGCAAAGCAGAUGGGAACAGGAGCCUAGGGGCAGAUGACCGACUCAUCAGUCGACUAGAUAACUGGCUAAACCGGGAAAUGGGAGAGGUCGAUUUCAACCUCACCCAAUUCUAG